CAAUGAACACUAUUUUUUAUAAAUCAUUACAGUGACUAUUAGUAAUCAAUAAUGUCGGAAAAAGUACACUUGGUAAAAUUUAAUAAUGGCUUAAAUUGUCCUAUUUUAGGACUGGGAACAUGGCAGGCAAUACGCGGCGAAGAAAACAAGGUCUACCAAGCAGUUUGUGAUGCUAUUGACUUAGGCUAUCGGCAUAUUGAUGGGGCACAUUUGUACGGAAACGAGAAGGAGGUAGGGCAAGCGAUUAAGGAAAAGAUUAGUCAAGGCGUCGUGAAAAGGGAAAACCUUUUUGUAACUUCCAAACUAUGGAAUACAUUUCAUAGUCCGGAUUGGGUUGAGACGGCAGUGAAACUUUCUUUGUCCGAUCUCGGACUCGAAUAUCUCGACUUAUAUCUCAUACAUUGGCCAAUGGCGUACAAGGAAGGCUAUGAUUUAACACCUGUUGAUGAAAAUGGUAAAACAAUAUUUUCCGACGUAGAUUACGUCGAUACAUGGAAAUCAAUGGAAAAAUUAGUAGAAAAAGGUUUAGUGAAGAGUAUUGGAGUCAGUAACUUUAGUCCAAAACAAAUCGACCGUGUUUUGAAAGUGGCCAAGAUUAAACCCGUUACAAACCAGGUGGAAAUACAUCCUUAUUUAUAUCAACAGAAAUUAUAUGAUUUUUGUAAAAUGAGGGAUAUAGUCUUAACAGCAUACAGUCCACUGGGUAGCCCUCAGCGUCCGUGGGCGCAAAGCAAGGAUCCUAAUGUUUUGGAUGAUCCUGUUGUAAAGAAUAUAGCUGUAAAGUAUGGAAAAACUCCCGCUCAGGUUCUUAUCAGAAUAGCUGUUGAUCGUGGUAUAAUGAUUGUACCAAAAUCUGCAAACCAGAAACGUCUCGCUGAAAAUUUCGAUAUAUGGGAUUUUAAACUGACCAAUGAUGAUAUAAAAGAGAUUAGCAGACUAGAUCGGAACUUCCGCGUCAUACCACACGAUCAUGGCCGGGAGCACAAAGAUUAUCCAUUUUCCCAAGAGUAAUAAAUGAAGAAAUAAUAGAUGCCUACCAGUUAAAAAAAUGUGUAUUAAUACUCCAUAUAUAAUAUAUUAUAAGAACAAGUAAUAUAAUGACUAAUAUUGUACCUACCUAACUCACUAGCCUAUAGGUAAAU